GCAUAUCCCAUUCGAUUUAUUCUUGAUUCCUAUCGAAAAACGCCGUGUUGAGGUUCCGGCAUCUAUAUUUUAUUUACCAGCGGUUAAAUUAUUAUAGAAAUCAAACAAAAUGACUAUCGGCAAGAACAAUAAAAUGAUUCAGCACCUGAAUUAUCGGGUGCGAAUCGUCCUCCAGGACUCGCGGACCUUCAUUGGGACCUUUAAAGCGUUCGACAAACACAUGAAUUUGAUACUGGGCGACUGCGAGGAGUUCCGCAAGAUUCGCUCAAAGAAUUCCAAGGUGCCCGAACGAGAGGAAAAGCGAGUUCUCGGUUUCGUAUUGCUGCGCGGCGAGAAUAUAGUUUCCCUCACGGUGGAAGGUCCUCCGCCGCCGGAGGAGGGUCUACCCCGCGUUCCCAUUCCGGGAGCAGCUCCUGGACCGGGAAUCGGACGAGUGGCCGGGCGAGGAGUGCCCAUUAACAUGUCCGCCGUGCCAGCGGGUCUCCAAGGACCGGUCAGAGGCGUGGGCGGACCCGCCCAACAGCACAUGGCUCCGAUGGGACGUGGAGUGCCACGGGCUCCGAUGAUGGGCGCCCCGCCACCCGGCAUGAUUCCCGGAGGAAUGCCCUCGAUGCCAGGCAACAUGGGACGCGGCGCUCCUCCACCGAUGCGCGGUCCGCCGCCAAGCAUGUUACGAGGAGCACCACCACCGGGCAGGGGUGGAUAUUAAGUAUACACUACACACCAAUAAAACUUCCUUAGAAAACAAUA